AUGGUUGAUAAUGAUGAUGUAGAUGUAUAUAUAUCAAAAAUUCAUUCAAAUAAAAUGGAAAAUAAAAAUGAAAAACAAGAGGAGGAGGAUACCUCUUCAAUUACAGCACAAGAACAAUUGCAAAAUUUGUAUUUAGAAAAUUCUUCUGUCAAGACAACAUUCACUGAUCCAUCUACCUCAUCUGUUACCUAUUCACCACGUCGUCAAAAUAUUUUUAAAGAAAUUUAUCUUGCUAAUAAAAGACGUUUUUCAUUACCUGGAAAACAUUUAUCUAAUAAAGAUAUUCAUAAUACAAUUGAACAUUUACCAAACAAUAUUUCUAGCGUUUCUAAACAUUAUUUAAAAUCAACAGCUGAAACAGGCUCAUUUGAUAAUAUACCAUCAUCAACUGAUAAUGGUACCACUACCUUUUUAGAACAAGAACAUCAUCAACCUUCUUCACAAAAUAAUCAAUCAAAAAAUUUUCUACGUCGUUACUCUCUAUCUUACUUAAUGAAUGGCAAUUUUCAUCGUUCGGAUAGUAAUAAUGAUACAGGUAGUCAAAAUUCAUUUAAAACAUCUACAAAUAAUGGAAAAACAAUAAGAAGAGUUUCUGUAAUUGAAGUUGAAACAAAUAAUAAAAAAGAAAAAGAAAAAUUUCAUUAUGCUGGCUUAAAAUUAAAAGACAAACAAAAACUUCAAAGUGGAUAUAUGAAAAUUCAUAGAAGGAAUUUGUACAUAACCUUCACACUGGAUCGCAACAAAAGAAAAUCAAAAUCUUUGCGUAUUGCAAAAAGUUCUAUAUCACCUGGACCUAAUUCCAGGCAUACAUAUUAUUAUUUACCACCUAGUGCACAACCUUUUUACUCUACAUCAUCUAAAUUUGCCGAUUCUAUUGUAUAUUGUACACAAAAAUUAGCUGAUCAUAUACAUACUAGAUUUGGUUCACAUACCAAAGAUAUACAAAAUAUAGAUAAAGAUAAAAUAACUGAAACACCACAACAACAAGAAGUAGCUAUUUUCAUGGAUGAAGAGGAGACAGCAAAUAAUGAGUUUGAGUUUAGACCAUCAUCAUCUAAAACAUCUCAACAAAAUAGUAAUGGUGGUAACAAAGAAGUUAAACAUGCUAAAACUUCUAGUAUAGCUAAUCGUUCAAAAAGUCCUUCUGCAUUUAUUGAAAAAUUAUCUAAUUUUGCUAGAGGCAAAUAUCGUAGUAGUUUAAAUGAAAAAAGCUCUUCAGCUAAUACUUUAGAAAACAAAUUAAGAAAAGAUAUAAUAAAAGAAAUACAAAAAUGUAAAGAAUCCGGAAGUACACGUUUAGAUUUUAAUUCUGCUUCAAUCGAAUCAAUUCCACCAGUUAUUGGUGAAUUAUAUGGACAAAUAUCUGAAUUAUUUCUUUACAAAAAUAAAUUGUCAACACUUCCCUCUGAAAUUGGACAUCUCACAAAUUUAAAAAUUUUAGGGUUAUCUGAAAAUAACUUAACUUCACUACCAGAUACAUUGUCACAAUUACAAAAGUUAGAAACACUCGAUUUAAGACAUAACAAAUUUUCUGAGAACAUUCCAGCUGUCAUUUAUAAAAUACCUUCACUUGAAAAGCUAUGGUUACGUUAUAAUCAUAUAAAAAAUGUGUCUAAAGAUAUUAAAAAUUUAAUUAAUGUUAGAAUGAUAGAUUUAAGAAAUAACAAUAUUUCAGAGUUACCAUCUGAAAUAGGGUGCCUUUCAUCAAUGACAAUAUGUCUUUUAUCAUCUAAUCAUAUUAAAUAUCUUCCUGAAGAAAUUGGAAAUUGUUCAAAAUUAUCACAAUUAGAUUUACAACAAAAUGAACUACGCCAACUACCAACAUCAAUUGGUAAUUUAAAUCUUCUAACACGUUUAGCUAUAAGAUACAACCAGUUAAUUGAACUUCCUGAAACAUUAAAAAAUUGUGUAAAAUUGGAAGAAUUCAUUGUUGAAAAUAAUAAACUUCAUUCAUUACCAGAUGGUUUACUAUCAAGUCUACCAUUAUUAAAAACAAUAAAUGUUAGUAGGAAUAUGUUAUCAUCAUUCCCACAAGGAGGACCUAAUCAAUUUGAAGCUGCUGUUUCCAUAUCAUUUGAACAUAACCAAAUUUCAAAAAUUCCCUUUGGAAUAUUUUCAAAAGCUACGGGUCUUACAAAAUUAAAUUUAAAAGACAAUGAAUUAUCCUCUCUUCCUCUUGAUUUUGGUACAUGGACAUCGUUAACUGAAUUAAAUAUUUCAAAUAAUAAUUUAAGUACAUUUCCUGAAGAUAUUGAUAAAUUAGUUAAUUUAGAAGUUCUUGUAAUUUCAACAAAUACUCUUAAAAGAUUACCACCACAAAUUGGUAAUUUAAGAAAAUUAAGAGAACUUGAUGUUGAGGAAAAUGAGUUAGAUUCAAUUCCAAAUGAGUUGGGAUAUUUGACAAAUUUAACAAAAUUAUGGCUUCAAAGUAACAAAUUAACUUCUCUUCCAGCAACAAUAGGAAAUCUCCAAAAUUUGACUGAAUUUCGUGUUGGUGAAAAUAUGCUUACAUUUAUUCCUAAAGAAAUUGGGCAUAUGGGUAAAUUGAAGUCUUUAUACUUGAAUGAUAAUAGUUACCUUCAUAAUUUACCAUUUGAAUUGGCACUUUGUAGUUCAUUAGAGAUAAUGUCAAUUGAAAGGUGCCCAUUAUCAGCAAUACCUCAUGAUAUUGUUGAAGGUGGUCCAUCAUUAGUUAUCCAAUAUCUAAAAACUCAAGGACCAUACAGAGCAGCUAUGUAUCUUCAUUGA